GCUCGAGCCUUUCCCGACUCUGAUACCACAAGAAACGAAUAAGCCACGCUUUCCCGUCACUUGAACGGCAACCCACCUGCUUACCUUCCUCCUGUGCUUCUUUCACCACUGUACCGUCAUACCGAGACAAAGCAAUUCCCAAACUCGCAAACAGCGAAACCAACAAGAAACACAAGACCUACCACCAUCUUACCUAAUCGUCAUCCGUCCGUCGUGACUCAGUCAUCUCCCAGGUUUCUUGUCUUCUAGAAAGCACCAAGCCAUCCAUUCUCUUGACAUACAUCCAUCCUGCUCUUGAACCUACGAAUAGCCAUUCUUCUAUUAUCCAAUAUCCAUCCUUCACCAAAUACCAUUCGUCCCUGUAUCAUCGCUUUCGCCUUAAAUCUAUAAUCCUCGCAAGCCGACACCGUCGUCAACCCUUAAAUACCAAGUUCUUUCUCUUUCAAGACGCUCUUAAUAAACCAUCUUCCUCGGGGAUAGACCUACUCUAGACGGUAGCCUAUAUCCUAUCACAAGCAGCUUUAUAAUAUACCAAUCGUUGUUGACUAUCGUAUCCGCACGAUCAAAUCGCCUUCCAUUAUGGCUUUCGACCAAUCCCGAGACCUCCGAAGCUUUGCUCAGGACUCGAAGCGGUUCAAGGAGCGCGUAGAAAAGUGGUCGCGGGGAUCUCGACCCUCGGCUGGGUGCAAGUACAGCUGGGUAGAAGAUGCAAUCAUCACAGGGAGCAAAACCCAACGUGAGAAACUUCGGCCUGAGGGAACUCUCCACCACUCCAACCGCAUAGCAAGCCAGAACAUCGUCAAACCGCGUGAUAAGGAACGAUACGAGCUCCGAUCGAGCUACUCGCGUGCCAAGAUAGACGCAUUAGAAGAACUACACGACCCAUCCAAUGUCUCGCGAUCCCUCUAUGAUCUCUUGCCGUCAUAUCAGACCCGACGAGGCUCUAGUAUUUCGGAUAACGUCCUUUAUAGCUUCGAUAGGGUUGAGAGUCCGGGCAAACCGCUAACGCUGGACGUAUUUGUGAAGACCAACCCGAAGGAGACGGAAAAAUUCGUGGAAAAGGAGUACGAAAUCCUUGACAACAAUGGGGAUGCUCUCAGGGGUCGAAAAGCCCGGCAGAAUCUCCGUCGGAGGAACCACACACCAGCGGCACAGGAAUCUGACAUUAUUGAGGACGACGGCUUCGAACUUGUAUAAAGGAUAUCUCAACUCGCUUCUCGGUCGUAUAGCCAGCUUCGUGGUGCUUUGACUGCAUCCAUUAUUCUUUUUCUCGGCAUGGCUUGUUGUGCUUCUUCAUUUGCAUUCCACCUACUCUCAAUUUGGGACACAGUACCGUGCAGCGCCUUUGUGCCGUAUGGUGGAAGGCUUCUUGGUAAUA